AUGAAAAUCAUCGUGUGUAUAUAUAGUGAAUAGCACUCAACUGGGUAAUUUCUAUUCCGCACCCUGCUGGAUUUUGGGGAGCUCCGUUUAAUUCAUCGGGCGUCCGUCCUCUUCACAUGUUGUCAUCUGAAAGUUAAAAAUAACUCCCAAGUGCUCCGGGUUUUGCCUGCACCUGCCUCUGCAAACGCUGACUCCCUGGAGUUCUGCGUGGUGCUCUCUUGGAGACAAAGACGCCCGGGAUUGUGGAUCUAAGAAGUGCUUCCCUCCGAUGUGAAUGCAGUGUCCCCUGUGGGAUGCAGUAGGUGAUGCCCAGCUCUACUGCAAUGGCAAUUGGAGCUCUCUCUAGUUCUCUUCUCGUAACCUGCUGCCUCAUGGUUGCCCUCUGUAGCUCCACCGUACCUGUACAAAAACUGGCCAAGGCUCAAGACAAACAGGAGAUAAAGGCGAGCCAGGAAAAGAGGGAUCACACAUCUACAAGGGACAGCCAGACAGGUCCAGGGAAAAUGAAUGAGAUCGGCAGGAGCGGGAGGGAGGAGGGUGGCAGGGACUGGAAGAGCAAAGGAAACAGGAACUACUCGAACAAGGAGUCUUGGACUAAGCAAAAGCAGGCUUGGAACAGCCAGGGGACAAGCAGUAAAUCUGGGAGCAUUCAAGUGCAGGAGCAAAGGGAUGCUGCUCCUGAGGAACCUCAGGUGGCUGAAGAUUCAUCUCUCCCAGCAUCUGUUGCGAGUGUCACUCCCGAGCCUCCGGAGGAGUACGCCUAUCCGGACUACCGUGGGAAAGGCUGCGUGGAUGAGAGCGGCUUCGUCUAUGCCAUCGGGGAGAAGUUUGCGCCGGGCCCUUCUGCCUGCCCCUGCCUCUGCACUGAGGAGGGCCCGCUAUGUAUCCAGCCCGAGUGCCCCAGGCUCCACCCUCGUUGCAUCCAUGUGGACACCACGCAGUGCUGCCCGCAGUGCAAGGAGAGGAAGAACUACUGCGAGUUCCGAGGGAAAACCUACCAGACCCUAGAGGAGUUCAUGGUUUCUCCGUGUGAAAGGUGUCGCUGUGAAGGCAAUGGUGAAGUGCUGUGCACGGUCUCAGCCUGUCCCCAGACCGAGUGUGUGGAUCCGGUGUAUGAGCCCGACCAGUGCUGUCCCAUCUGCAAAAAUGGCCCGAACUGCUUUGCAGAAACCCUUGUCAUUCCAGCAGGCCGGGAGGUGAAAACUGAUGAAUGCACUAUAUGUCACUGUACUUACGAAGAAGGCACUUGGAGGAUUGAACGGCAAGCGAUGUGCACUAGACAUGAAUGCAAGCAAAUAUAGGAAAUCUACAAAUCUACGGACUUCUCGUGGUUUUUAUAAAAUAUCCCACAGCAGAGAGCACCCAAGAUGACCCAGGGAAAUCCUAAUGAGAAGAUUCUGGCAAGGAGCAAAGAAUAAAAUACUGAUAUUUUGUUUUUCAGAGUAACAUAAUACUGCAAAGCAAAGAAGUGCAUAUAUUUAAAAUGUUUGGACAUAAGAAUACCUGUCUUAAAUGUGUUAUUUUCACAGUGAGUACACUAAAAUACACUAUAAAAUAUUCUAUGUAUUUCUAUAAUACCAUUAUAGAGCUUAAAAAUAAAUGUUUUAUAUAGACAUUA